UUUUAUUUGUUUAGCUGUUUUGUUUUUGGUUUAGUUUUUUUUUUUUGGUAUACGAUUAUUUUCGUUAAAAAAUGUUUGCGGUGGCUCAAAAGUCAUCAUUGUUAUUCAAAUCAAUGUGUGGUGGACUGCGAUCUAGUUAUGGCAUUCGAUUCAGCUCACAUUUCAUCUAUGAAGCAGAUGCAAAGGCCCCAAUUGAUGGUCCAACAACCAAAAUGAACAUGUUUCAAGCCAUAAACAAUGCCCUUGAUCUGGCUUUAAACGAAGAUGACUCAGCUUUAAUUUUUGGCGAAGAUGUUGGAUUCGGUGGUGUAUUUCGAUGUUCAUUAAAUUUGCAAAAAAAAUACGGAAAAGAUCGUGUAUUCAAUACUCCAUUGUGCGAACAAGGGAUCGUUGGUUUUGGUAUCGGAAUUGCAAAUACGGGUGCAACGGCCAUAGUCGAAGUUCAGUUUGCUGACUAUAUUUUUCCAGCUUUCGAUCAAAUUGUCAAUGAAGCAGCAAAGUUACGUUAUCGCAGCGGAAAUUUAUUUGACUGUGGAUCGUUGACAAUCCGAGCACCAUGCGGAGCUGUUGGACAUGGUGCACUUUAUCAUUCCCAAAGUCCUGAAGCAUAUUUUGCUCACACUCCCGGUUUAAAAAUAGUCGUUCCACGUGGCCCAAAUAAAGCAAAAGGUCUAUUAAUGGCUUGCAUUAAAGAUAAGGACCCGUGUAUAGUAUUUGAGCCAAAGACACUAUAUCGUGCUGCAGUUGAAGAAGUACCUGAUCAAUCAUAUGAGUGUCCAAUUGGAAAAGCUGAUAUUUUGCGAAGUGGUAAAGAUGUAACUCUUAUCGGUUAUGGUACACAAGUGCAUGUGCUUAAAGAAGUGGCUGAUAUGGCCAAAAAAGAAAUGGACGUCGAUUGCGAAGUAAUUGAUUUGGUUUCAAUUCUACCUUGGGACAAGGAAACCGUUUGCAAGUCAGCGAAGAAAACUGGUCGUGUUAUAGUUGCUCAUGAAGCACCGCUUACGUCGGGCUUCGGAUCUGAAUUGGCAGCCACAAUUCAAGAGGAAUGUUUCCUUUAUUUGGAAGCGCCUGUUAAACGUGUUACUGGCUGGGAUACACCAUUUCCUCACGUUUAUGAACCAUUCUAUUUACCCACCAAACAUCGUUGCCUUUCCGCAAUCAAAAAAUUGAUAAACUACUAAGAACGCUGCUUUUGCAACAAAUUCAUGGAAAUUGUUAGAAAUUAAACGAAUCGAAACUGCCAAAAUUCAUGAUGCA